UGAGAGCUCUGAAAGUGAAUCCCAUAAUGCCCUUAAAACGGGUGCAAAUAAAAUUGAUGAGGAUUUUUGAGCAUUGAGAGUGGCUAUUGAUCGUUGUAAAUAAUUAUUACUAACAUUCAUGCAUGGUAAUUACCAACGGAAGAUGGAGUGACAAAGGCAACAUUAUCAUUAUCUUCCAAAAUUGCAGGAUGAUCCAUUACAAAGACGCGUGGACCUCCAUCUUAUGAAUUGGCCACCUCAUCAUCAACCUCCACGCUCCCAGCCCAGUUCCCUUAAGCGCCGCCACCGGCUAGAGCUAACGACUGUUGCUUCGUCUCAAAUAGCCUCCAAUAACUAAAAAUCAAAAUCAUGUUCCUCUCUUUCUCUCCCCCUCCCUCUCCCUCUCCCCUCUCUAUUCCCCAUGCGCAUAAUAGCCAUCCCAUGUCUAUCCUACGCCGCCUGACUCCCCGCAACCUCAAUAUACGUCGUGUUGCCUCAGUCGCCGCCGCAGCUCGACAAGACACCACUCUUUGGUCCCACGCUCCACUCUCCUUAAUCGAACCAGCGGCGGAAUCUCUCUUCCACAUAACUAUCGACGUCUCCGACUCUCCUGACGUCGUUUCUUCCCAUAGUCGCGCCGGGCAGUACCUCCAGCUCCGCAUCCCUGACGUGGAGAAACCGUCAUUUCUUGCCAUCGCGUCACCUCCAUCAUACGCCGCCAAGAAAGGCGCUUUUGAAUUUUUAGUGAAGAGCGUGCCUGCCUCAACCGCGGAGCUCUUAUGCCGCUUAAAGAAAGGGGAUGUAGUUGAAUUGACUCAAGCGAUGGGAGGAGGUUUUGACAUAGAUCGUAUCUCUCCGCCUGAGAAGUAUUGUACGGUUCUGAUUUUCGCUACUGGAUCUGGAAUUAGCCCAAUUCGAUCUCUGAUUGAGUCAGGGUUUGGUGCCAAUAGAAGAUCUGAUGUGAGACUGUAUUAUGGGGCACGAAACCUCAAUAGAAUGGCUUACCAGGAUAGGUUUAAAGAAUGGGAGUCUUCUGGUGUUAAGAUUGUACCAGUACUAUCAGAGCCAGAUGAUAGGUGGACUGGUGAAAGUGGCUAUGUGCAGGCUGCUUUUUCCAGGGCCAAGCAGAUUGAUAACCCUGUAGCCACUGGUGCGGUGCUGUGUGGGCAGAAACAGAUGGCUGAGGAAGUAACAUCAAUUCUUCUAGCAGAUGGAGUCUCAAGUGAGAAAAUACUAAAGAACUUCUGAAAUAUUACAAAUGAGGUGCAUAUUGUUGUAGCAUUAUUUAUUGAGCAACAAUUGCUAAUAUGAUUCUUUUGUCUCACCGUCGAGGACAGAAUUCGUCACUUGGCAAAUAAAUCCCAAUUUUGGAUUUUGAGAAUCGUAUUUGUAUGAUGAAUUGUACAAUUAGAACUUCAAACACCCAGCUAAAAUAUAAGAUUUAUUAUAUCA